AAUUGGCAAAAUUGUAGCGGUACGUUUGUUUAUCUCCUCCCAGUCCCACAUAGAAAGAAAGCCGAGAUAUUUUACAUUAUCGGUGAAAAUCUACACAAUCGUGCUUCUUUUUCACCCGAAAAUAUACCAAAUCAAAAGACAAGAUGUCUAUUGGUGUGCCUAUUAAGGUUUUGCAUGAGGCAGAGGGACAUAUCAUCACCUGUGAGACAAAUACAGGUGAAGUAUACCGUGGAAAGCUCAUCGAAGCUGAAGAUAACAUGAACUGCCAAAUGAUGCACAUAACUGUCACAUAUCGCGAUGGACGAGUCGCGCAGUUGGAACAUGUUUACAUUAGGGGAAGUAAAAUUAGAUUUUUCAUUUUACCUGACAUGCUGAAGAAUGCUCCAAUGUUCAAGAAAGCCGGAUCAAAGGGGUCUGCAGGACGUGGAAAAUCUGCCAUUCUGAGAGCACAGGUUGCUGCAGGAGGUCGAGGAGGAAGAGGACGCGGGGGUGGACGUGGUGGUGAUGGAGGGCGAGGAAGAGGAAACGUCUUUCAAAGGAGGAGAUGAUCUGCCAAAGCACUGUAUAUCUUUGUACUAUAUUUGUUACCACUCAUGAACAAUCCUUGUGUACAAGAUAUAGGGCUAACUCAGCAUCGUUCGGAAGAUAAGAUUCUAGAGGCAAAGUGCAUGCUGAUUGCAGAACCUUUUAUCAUACUUUACUAAUGGGUACUUAUGGAUUCUUCUGAAUGCUGGUUUUUAAGCCCCUAUAUUCAGUACCAAAUUCUGUUUUGUAUUAAGUUUGCUGGAUCUUGAUCUUGGGUCGAGCAUCAAAUUUUUACUUGACAGGUUCACUUCCAUAGUACUUGUAUGUUUUCAAAACAAAAGACACCGGUUGCAUUUACUAGAUGUUCAUUUAAACUUUUCAUUCUUUUGUAAAGAGUUCUUAGGUUUCUCAGUGAUAGACCUUGGACUAUACAUGUACAGCUUUGUACUAUGACUUUUGGUUGGUCCAUGCACCUGGUCCAAGUGCCUUUGCCUCGCUAUUAAUUUCUUGAAAUGUUUAAAUCAAAUAAUCUUGUAAAAGACUUUUUGAAAAACUUGUAUCCUGUGUACUCGAUGUGUAACACAACUUUUGUAAGUGAUUUGUACUUUAUUUAGUAUCUUAUCUUCAAUGUUCAGACAAUGCCCAGUUAGCCUGGUGCUGUACAAACGUUGUACCCAGGUACAAGUAAAACCUUUUGAUAUAUAUGUGGCUGUCCAAGAAAGGAUGCAUCAUGGACUGGAAUGUUAUUGCAUGAGAGAAGGUCACAUCUCAUCACUAAACCUGGACUCCCAGCAUGGAAGACUUGCUCAGGCACAUGGUUUCUCUUGAGUAUCUUCUAUUCUGCUCAUCAUCAUCUACGUUCUUGACUUCUGUUACUAUUUUUAAUUUUGAUAAAGAAAAGAUGCUGCUGAGAUAUUAUUAAAAAUGUGUAAACAAACAAGGAUAUUGUGCCCUUUCAAGGUACAUUAUUUUUGGGGGAAAAUUGUUGAAAUGUAAUUUGAGAAACGCAUUUGAGCAUCACAGCUCUCCCUCAUUUUUUUCUUCAGAUUUUCAGUCAUAUCUGUUGAUGCUGUAUAUAUUUUCAUCCUUGAAGGGAAAAGCUGCUGUCAUUGAAGAGUAAUUAGUCCUGAAUUAUCUUUAGUAUUUCUAAGCAAACAUUGAGUGCCUUGCAUUGCUACAGGAUCCAUUUGCUAAAAUAGGUGUCCACAUUUCAGAUGUAAAACAUGAUCAUAAUUAGGUAAAGUCGAGUAUUGUCCAGUACUCCUGUAAUAACAAGAUAGUAAUGUGAUCGAUACCUGUACAAAUAAGGAUUUUCUGUGCCAACCAAUUGUAGUUGUUUAUUAAAUGCCCUGAAGAGUGACCAACCUCCUUCAUAUACAUGGAGCGUUUUAUCGAGAUAUUUGAAAAUAAUUCCCUCACUUCCCUCCAAGUUCAUCAAAGCAUUACAAAUCAAUUUUGAUAACCCUUUUUAAAGAAAAGUUGGAUUUCGUCAUUUAAGACCGUUGACCUUCAAUGAUCAAGAACUGAUAUCAACAUUCCUUUUGGCUAUGUUAACAAUUCAAUAACCUUGAUUUGACUUAUAUUGUGUAUUGAUACGGAACAGAAAAUUAUGUGAGCAAUGCAAUGCAAAUAUGCAAAUAUUUUCAAAGUGUGGGAGGAUGAUUUUGUAAAAAUGAUGUUGAUAAGUACUAAGUAGUACAACAGGUGUAUUUCUGCAUUCAUCAGUGAAACACAUCUUGUAUGGGGGUUGUCAAAUCUUAACAUAGUAAAAGGAAAGAAUUUGCUUGACUAAAAGCCACAAAGUAUUUUACAUUGUUCAAGACAUACACUAUAGAUGUACAUGUACAGUCAUUGUCAUGGAUACUUUUUGUAAUUAUUGUUUUUAUAGUUUUUGUCCGAGUGCAUCAUGUAAUCAGUUACGUUUUCCCUUCACCAAUCGUGUACAUGUGUAUGAAUUGUGAAGUAUGUAAAUUCAGACAAGUUCUUAGUGUACCAUAUUAAAAAUACCAGUAAGCUUUUUCAACUAGA